UCUGACACAAAUGCAAGUUACUUGAGAGCUGCUCGAGCUGGCAACUUGGAAAAGGCUCUCGACUACUUAAAAAGUGGAGUGGACAUCAACAUUUCAAAUCAGAAUGGGUUGAAUGCUCUCCAUCUCGCUUCCAAAGAAGGGCACGUAGAAGUUGUCUCUGAACUGAUACAGCGAGGUGCCAGCGUGGAUGCAGCAACAAAGAAAGGAAACACAGCAUUGCACAUAGCAUCCCUUGCUGGACAAGCAGAAGUAGUCAAAGUGUUGGUUACAAAUCGGGCCAAUGUCAACGCACAGUCUCAGAAUGGUUUCACUCCACUGUAUAUGGCAGCCCAAGAAAACCACCUGGAGGUUGUUAAGUUUCUUCUUGACAAUGGUGCCAGUCAAAGCCUUGCCACAGAGGAUGGUUUUACGCCUUUGGCCGUGGCUUUGCAGCAAGGUCAUGACCAGGUGGUUUCACUGCUGCUUGAAAAUGAUACGAAGGGAAAAGUCCGUCUUCCUGCCCUUCACAUCGCUGCUCGCAAGGAUGAUACGAAGGCAGCGGCUCUGCUCCUGCAGAACGACCACAAUGCUGAUGUGGAGUCAAAGAGUGGGUUCACUCCCCUCCACAUAGCUGCUCACUAUGGAAAUAUCAACGUAGCUACAUUGCUGUUAAAUCGGGGUGCUGCUGUGGACUUCACUGCAAGGGUAAGUGUGAAAUCUGAGUUAUGCUUAAUUUGCUUAAUCAUCAUUUUGAAACACUUUUUCCACAAAGGUGUGGAAAG